ACAGUCUCCUUGAGAAAUCUGUGUCCCUCCAAACCCACAAAUCCAAGAUGGUAACUCUCAAGAUCACCAAAAGGCACCAUAACCAUCUCAAUAACCCCUUCCCUUCCAGACCAAGAUCUCUCCCAUUCAUUCAAGGAACUCUUUCAUACAAUUCCCAGAAACUGCCUCCUUACCAAAUCUUUUGCAUUGGGAAGGAUUUCCAGUUGAGUUGGCGAGCCAAGCACGGUGGAUCUCUUUCAAUCUCUCACCGAUCUCAGCCCACAAGGCCUGUAUGGUCGACUGUUCCGGGACAGGCCUUUGUUGCUGCAGCACUGGCUGAAACAGAGGUGGAAGAAAGCAGGGGAUCAUUUGUUAUCAAGGACAGGAGAAUUCAUUUGGUAUGUAAUCACCAGACAAUUGAAGAUAUUAGGGUGAUUAGUCAGGAUGAUUUCAGGGCAGAGGCAAAUAAUCAUAAUGAUUUCUCAUCCGUGUUUUUGGGCUUGGAUCAGAAAGUAGGACUAGAUGAUGCCCAAUUCCCUGCUGUCCUAAUAACAGGUGUGAUUUCUGGUGCCAAGGAAAGGAAGAAAAUCCAAAGUUCUGGUGUUCAUGAAAACCCAAAGAUUGUGCGCAAAGAAGUUUCUGCUUAUGCAAGAUAUUGGAUUUUAUUUGAUCAGAAGAGCAGCAAUGAGCUAAGGUUUCAAGUGAAGCUUGGAAAACCCAAUUCUGAGUUUCAACAAAGAAUUUCUCCACGAAGUUAUGGAACUUACCAGGGUUUCUCGCGGAAGCUGGGCCGGAUCCGUAGACGCAGACUCGGGUGGUAUGGAUGUCUACCAAAAAGAAGGGCCAUUAUCCCAGCUGGAUCAACAGUGGAAGAUAAUGUCAUAAUAAAGGGCGUUGAACGCCCUGAUUUCAACCGGGUCUGUUUGACAUACUUAAGUGAAAGAAAUGAAAGAUUCUAUGGCUUUGGGGAGCAGUUUUCUCACAUGGAUUUCAAAGGAAAAAGGGUUCCCAUUUUUGUUCAAGAACAAGGGAUCGGAAGAGGAGAUCAACCAAUUACUUUUGCAGCUAAUUUAGUUAGCUUCAGGGCAGGUGGAGAUUGGAGUACAACCUAUGCUCCAUCACCAUUUUAUAUUUCAUCGAAGAUGAAAUCUCUAUACCUUGAAGGAUACAAUUAUUCAGUUUUUGAUUUGACAAGAGACGACAGAGUUCAAAUACAGGUACAUGGAGACUCUGUUCAAGGUAGCAUAUUGCAUGGGAAUUCACCAUUGGAGUUCAUUGAAAGGUUCACUGAAGCCAUUGGAAGACCACCGGAGCUUCCUGAGUGGAUUAUAUCAGGUGCAGUGGUCGGAAUGCAGGGUGGCACGGAUUUCGUGCGAGAUGUUUGGAGUAAACUGCAGGCCUACAAUGUCCCUAUUUCAGCAUUCUGGUUACAGGACUGGGUGGGUCAGAGGAAGACAGUGAUUGGAUCACAACUUUGGUGGAAUUGGGAAGUGGAUACAACGAGGUAUUCCGGGUGGCAGCAACUAAUUGGAGAUCUUAGUGCAUCACAUAUUAAGAUGAUGACAUACUGCAACCCCUGCCUAGCUCCGAUGGAUGAGAAGCCAAACAGGAGGAACCUCUACGAGGAGGCUAAGAAGUUGGAUAUCUUAGUCAAAGACAAGAAAGGAGAAACAUACAUGGUUCCAAAUACAGCGUUUGAUGUGGGAAUGUUGGAUAUGACACACCCAUAUACUGCAAGUUGGUUUAAGAAAAUUUUACAGGAAAUGGUGGAUGAUGGUGUCAGGGGUUGGAUGGCCGAUUUUGGUGAAGCCCUGCCCGUGGAUGCAUCCCUCUAUUCAGGUGAAGAUCCCAUCACAGCCCAUAACAGAUACCCAGAGCUAUGGGCCAAAAUAAACAGGGAGUUUGUGGAAGAAUGGAAAAGCACCCGUCCGGAUAACAGGAGGGAAGAUCCUGAACAGGACUUGGUUUUCUUCAUGAGGGCUGGUUUCAGGAAUAGCCCCAAGUGGGGAAUGCUAUUCUGGGAAGGGGACCAAAUGGUUAGCUGGCAGGCUAAUGAUGGGAUAAAGAGUGCAGUAGUUGGCUUGUUGAGCAGUGGACUUUCAGGUUAUGCUUUCAACCAUAGUGACAUUGGUGGCUACUGUGCAGUAAACUUACCUUUUUUCAAGUAUCAAAGAAGCGAGGAGUUAUUGCUUCGAUGGAUGGAACUUAAUGCAUUUACCACUAUCUUCAGGACCCAUGAGGGAAACAAACCAUCCUGCAAUAGCCAGUUCUAUUCAAAUCACAAGACCUUAUCACAUUUCGCAAGGUUUGCAAAAGUGUACAAAGCUUGGAGGUUCUAUAGGAUUCAACUUGUUAAGGAAGCUUCUCGGAAAGGCUUGCCUGUUUGUCGCCACCUAUUCCUUCAUUACCCAGAUGAUGAAAAAGUGCAUAGGUUGAGUUAUCAGCAAUUUUUGGUUGGCGAAGAGAUACUAGUUGCUCCUGUACUUGACAAAGGCAAAAAGAAAGUGAAGGUUUAUUUUCCUGUAGGAGAAAGAAGUCCUUGGAAACAUAUUUGGACAGGCCACCUAUAUGCGAAACAAGGUUCUGAAGCUUGGGUAGAAGCUCCAAUUGGCUAUCCAGCCAUUUUUGUCAAGGUUGACUCAGCCAUUGGAGAGACAUUUCUAACAAACCUAAGAGAAUAUGCCAUCUUGUAAAAUUAGCCAUAUUUGAAAUGUUUUUCUUUUUUUUCUUUUUGGUAAUUCUUUGAAAUGUUUUUCAACUAUAAAAAACAGCAUUUUAACAUUAGCUCGAAA